GGGCGUUAAUCAUUAGCUCCGCAGGAUCCCCUUCACCCCGGGCUCCGGCUUGCCGCGUCGCGAAGGUUCUCUGGGUCCCGGCGGAGCCGCCAAUUGCUGGAUUCCAGCGGCCGGCCCGAGUCUCCACCCACUGGAAAAAUUCCUGGCCCGCCCCUCCCUCCCGCCUCCCUCCGGCGGCAGCUCCGGCUCCGCUCGCCCGGCCCCGACUUCCUGGCCGGCGCUGGGAAGGCGCGCGGGCUGGGGUCCCCGGGGGCCGCGUCAGCAGCUGGCCGCGUCCCGGGCAGCCGAGGGGCUGGGCCGUGGGUGGGAGCGGCCGGCAGCCUCAGCCCCUGCCGAGAGCGACUUUCAAACUCGCGCCUGCGUCGCGGCCGCACCUGGGCAGCCUCGCGCGCGGAGCGUGCGGGACCCGGCGGGGCGGCGACCGCGCGAACCUCCCCGGAGUGCCCUCGCCAGGCAGCGAUGCCAGGAUGCCCGUGUCUGCCUCCCUCCGCCAGGAUGGCAGCCAGGAGCGGCCGGUGAGCCUGACCUCAACCACGUCCUCGUCGGGUUCCUCCCGUGACAGCCGCGGCGCCAUGGAGGAGCCCAGUGGCCCCGAGGCUGCCGCCGAGAACGGGGCGGGCUCCCCGCGCAGCCGGCAUCCGCCCAACGGCAGCACCGGCUCGCGGCUGGCUGAGCGAGGGGGGCCGCUGUCCCCGUUCGGCAGCCGGGCCGCGGCGGCCCCGGCGCACAAGCUCAGCUACCUGGGCCGCGUGGUGCGGGAGAUCGUGGAGACGGAGCGGACGUACGUGCAGGACCUGCGCAGCAUUGUGGAGGACUACCUCUUGAAGAUCAUCGACACGCCUGGGCUGCUGACACCGGAACAAGUCAGCGCCCUCUUUGGGAACAUAGAAAACAUCUAUGCACUGAACAGCCAGCUACUCCGAGACCUGGACAGCUGCAACAGUGACCCUGUGGCUGUGGCCAGCUGCUUUGUGGAAAGGAGUCAAGAGUUUGAUAUCUACACCCAGUAUUGCAACAACUACCCCAACUCCGUGGCCGCCCUGACCGAGUGCAUGCGGGACAAGCAGCAGGCCAAGUUCUUCCGGGACCGGCAGGCGCUCCUGCAGCACUCCCUGCCCUUGGGCUCCUACUUGCUGAAGCCCGUGCAGCGCAUCCUCAAGUACCACCUGCUGCUCCAGGAAAUUGCCAAACAUUUCGAUGAAGAAGAGGACGGCUUCGAGGUGGUGGAGGACGCCAUCGACACCAUGACCUGCGUGGCCUGGUACAUCAACGACAUGAAGAGGAGGCACGAGCACGCGGUCCGGCUCCAGGAGGUUCAGUCGCUGCUCAUCAACUGGAAGGGGCCGGACCUGACCAUCUACGGGGAGCUCGUCCUCGAGGGCACGUUCCGCGUGCACCGCGUGCGCAACGAGAGGACCUUCUUCCUCUUUGACAAAGCGCUGCUUGUCACCAAGAAGCGGGGCGACCACUUUGUCUACAAGGGCCACAUCCCGUGCUCCUCCCUGAUGCUGAUCGAAAGCACCAGAGACUCCCUGUGCUUCACCGUCACCCACUACAAGCACAGCAAGCAGCAGUACAACAUCCAGGCCAAAACGGCGGAGGAGAAGCGGAGCUGGACUCACCACAUCAAGAGGCUUAUCCUGGAGAACCACCACACCACCAUCCCCCAGAAGGCCAAGGAAGCCAUCUUGGAAAUGGACUCCUACUAUCCCAGUCGGUACCGCUGCAGCCCAGAGCGCCUGAAGAAGGCUUGGUCCUCCCAGGACGAGGUGUCCGCUCACGCACGCCAGGGGCGCCGGCAGUCUGAGCCAACCAGACACCUGCUCAGGCAGCUCAGUGAGAAAGCCAGAGCAGCAGGAAUGAAGGAGAAGGGACGCAGGGAGUCUGAAGGCCCCAAGAGCCGCAGAAGGUCCAGCGGCCUGUCUCCGACGAGUACUGAGAAGCGCGUGAGCCUGGAGUCCGCCUCUUCCCUGCCAGAUGUUGAACCAGACCCUGAGCCUGAGAUGGAGCAGGAAGUAUUUGCUGCAGUGGAAGUUCCCGGCAUCGAGGAGGUGCCCUCAGACACGGAGUCUCCAGAAGCCCUGGAAACACAGCUCGAUGCCCACCAGGAGCUGCUGGGCCUGGACGCCCCGGGGGACAUGGUGGACUUCGUGGUGGCUGAGAGCACUGAGGACCUCAAGGCUCUGAGCAGUGAGGAGGAGGAGGAGGAAGAGGAAGAGGAGGAGGAGGACAUGGUGGCCACACAGGAGGCCGAGAGCCUCCUGCCGCCCUCUGUGCUGGACCAGGCCAGCGUCAUUGCCGAGCGCUUCGUCGGCGGCUUCUCUCGGCGGAGCAGCCUGGCGCCGGAGGAUGGCACGGCUGGCGGCUUUGGGAGCCCGGGGCUCAUGAGCCGGAGCAGCAGCGUGCUCAGCCUCGAGGGCAGCGAGAAGGGCCCGGCCCGGCCCGGCGGCACCGCGGAUGCCCUCAGCUCACAGCUGCCCCCAGAGGUGGACAGCGUUGCGGGCGUGGCCGCUGAGAGUGGCCCUUCGGUCAAUGGGAUGGAGCCCCCGAGCCCAGGCUGCCCAGCAGAGCCUGACAGGUCUUCCUGCAAGAAGAAGGAAUCGACGCUCUCCACCCGAGACCGGCUGUUGCUGGACAGAAUCAAGAGCUACUAUGAAAACGCAGAGCACCACGAUGCGGGUUUUAGCGUCCGGCGCCGGGAGAGCCUCUCCUACAUCCCCAAAGGGCUGGUGAGAAACUCCGUUUCCAGAUUCAACAGCCUUCCCAGGCCGGACCCGGAGCCUGUGGCUCUGCUGGGGCGCAAAAGGCAGGUGGGCUCCCGGCCGCCUUCGUGGGCCCUGUUUGACCUCUCUGGACCCGGCCAGGUGAGCGCUGGGGAGCCGGCUCCUAUCACAGAUGCUGAGUUCCGGCCGUCCUCAGAAAUUGUAAAGAUCUGGGAUGGAAUGGAGUCUUCUGGGGAGAGCUCUCGGAAGGGGCCCGGCCAAGGCCAGGCCAACGGUUUCGACCUGCACGAGCCGCUCUUCAUCCUGGAGGAGCACGAGCUGGGGGCCAUCACUGAGGAGUCGGCCACCGCCUCCCCCGAGAGUGCCUCCCCCACGGAGCGGCCCAGCCCGGCCCACCUGGCCCAGAAGCUGAAGGAGCUGGUGAAGGAGCUGAGCAGCGGUGUCCAGGGCGAGCCGGUGACUCCGCUGCACCCCCGCAUCGUGCAGCUCUCGCACGUGAUGGAUGGCCACGUGAGCGAGCAAGUCAAGAACAAGGUCUACCAGCUGGCCCGCCAGUACAGCCUCCGGAUCAAGAGCAAAUCUGUGACAGCCAGGCCACCCCUACAGUGGGGAAGGGCAGCUCCCGUUGUUCCUUGCCUGCAGGAAGAGGCCGGAGCACCCUCAGGCGGCAAAGGCAAGAGAAAGCCGGUGCUGUCCCUCCUCCACUAUGAGCAGGCGGUGGCCCAGGAGCACAGCCCACCCAAGCCUGGCUGUCCUCGGCAUUUGUCCAUCAGCCCCACUGCUGCCAACCCGAGGACCACCUUGCCUGGGGUCCGGCCCUCCUCUCGAAGCCCCCUCAUCCCCUUCGACACGGAGACCUUCAACUGGCCUGAUGUCCGGGAGCUCUGCUCCAAGUACGCCUCUCACGACGAGGCAUUCCAGGCCGAGGGCAGCCGGCCCCGAGGCCCGCCGGUCAACCGCAGCCGCUCGGCGCCGGAGAACAUGGUGGAGCCCCCUCUGGCGGGCAGGGUGGGCCGCUGCUGCAGUGUGGGCUCCGGGAGGGGCCGGGCGGGCCCAGAGGCCGCACAGCCCCAGCCUCUUGGGAGGUUGCCCCAAAGCAGGCCGGUCGGAGAGGAGGCCCUGUAUGUCACCGCGGACCUCACCCUGGAGAACAACCGACGGGUGAUUGUCAUGGAGAAGGGCCCCCUGCCCUACCCCGCUGCGGGGCUGGAGGAGGGCAGCGGGCAGGGACCAAGCUCGCCAGCAGCCAUGGUGGGACAGGGCCUGGAUUUCCAGGAAUCUGGAAUUUCCAGGAGUCCGGAGUAUUGGCCAAAGGAAGAGGCUCCCAGGGACCCAGCGGACCCAAGCCAGCAGGGCAGAGUGAGAAACCUGAGGGAGAAAUUCCAGGCCUUGAACUCCAUAGGUUGACUCUGAGUCCUGGGAGAGGGAGGAGCCGUGUGGUGGGGGGACGUGGAGGAACCUUGGCACGCUUGCCCAGAAGCCUGGGCUCCCCCUGCUCACACGAGCCCCUGAAAGAAUGGUGUGCUUAGCUAGUGUCUUCACCUGCUGGGAAUGCCUCGGCGCUCUCCUGGGCUCAUGGCGACUUUCAUAGGCCCAGCUGAGCCCUUCUACCCACUGAGGCCAGUGUAGCCACUUCCCUUGUUUAUAGUUCCUCUCUAGUAAGAAGCCGAAUAUUUAAGCUCUCCUCUUCCCAGGGAGAGCAAGCCGUGCUCAGGCCUCCAGUGUUGGGCUGACCACUGCCAGGCUGAGGAGCCUGCCCAGAGGAGACGUGGGAAGGUGGCCUGGGGAGGCUUUGCUCUUUAAUUGUGCCUUUUCUUAGAAUCCAGGCAGGAACAAGGCCCAUAAUUUAUUGCUUUCCAUUCUGUGGUAUAUUUGUAUGCGCAUGUGUUUGUGAGUGUGUGUCCUUCUGUUGACUGCUCUCCCAUGAAGAAUGUAACAGACUGAGUUCAGGUACUUCUGUGGGUUGUGUUGCUGACCCUGUGGUUGUCGCUAAUGUAUAUACAUGUCAUUAUUUGCCGAUGGUGCAAUAACCGCUGCUGACCAACCGA